AUGUUGACACAUUUUGAAGAUCUUUCAAAUGAUCUUAUCUAUGAAAUCUUCGAAUUUCUCAAUGGUUACGAUUUGUACGAAGCUUUUUCGAAUCUUAAUUCACGAUUUGAAAAUCUUCUUAUUCAUUCAAUUCUUCCUCUUAAAAUCGAUACGUCACUCAUGUCUAAAUCAACCUUUCAACGAUAUUAUAAUGAUAUUAUCAAACGAAAUAAACAUCGAUUUAAGUUAAUUUGUUUAUCGAAUCCAUUCAUUGUUAGUUUUAUGUUUAAAUCUCGUAUUUUGUCAAAAUUUGAUCAACUUGAAACACUUAUUAUUAAUAAUCUUAAAUCAAAAGAUGUUGAAAAUAUUCUUAAACGUUUAUUUGUAUUACCUCGACUCUUUUCAUUAAGUAUUAUUCUUGAUGAUUAUAUGCGAGAUACAACUGUCUUUUAUCGUCUAGUUUUUUCCUUACCGCGAGAUCGUAUCCCAACAGUACUCAUUACAGCUCAAUUAAAAAUUCGUUUAAAUUCCUCUUUAUCAUGA